AUGUUUUCAACCGAAGUCAAACCUAUCUCUCGAGAGGUCCGAUUCGCCUCUAUAAUUGAUGAUCGACCCACCACCCCUACUCCAGGAGAUUACCUAAACUUUGAAGAAGAUGUGAAAUCGAGUAUCGAAGUUGACUUGAGUAGUUUACUAUCUCAAGCUCAGAAACAUAACGAUCAAGAAAAAUCAUCUGUAGACACCGAUUCAGCUUCGGUAUAUGAUGAAAAUAGGAAAAGAUGGGAGUUGGAUGUAGCUGUACCUGCAACUGCUUUCGGAGGUAUAAUUAGAUUCGAUGAUGAUACAGUGGAUUAUAGAUCCACUAUCACCAAAAGAAGAUCCUCACCCCUCAGUCUUGGUCUAGGGGUGGAUGGGAUUCCUCAACCACCUAAGACUGCUCCAUUACCAUUUUCAAAAAAUACAUUGAAUUUCCAACCGUUUGACGAACCGCUUACACCCCAACAUGGUCAAACUUCCAUACGGCAACCUUCACCUAGUUCCACCAAUCAUGGGGGAUUGCACCUUCACCCACCACCUACAGCAACAGCGACUGCAGCUAGAUCAGACAAGCCGAUCUUGGAUCCAGUAGAUAACGUGCAAAAUGUCAAGAAUCACUUGGAAGGUUUGUCAAUCCAUUUAUCAGGGUUGUUCGAUCAGGUAAAUCAGUUUGACGAAUUGAAGAAAGAAGUGAAAUAUUGGAAAGAUGUUUGUCUUGGUUUGGAAAUUGGUAAAAAGGAUUUGGAGAUUGUCUUGACUCAGACGCAGAAUCAACAGAUCGAAUCGAAGUUUACAGCUAUAUUGAUUGACGGAGAUGAAUAUAUCUUCCAUGAGAAAUACCUGCAAGCAGGUUAUGAAGGAGGUCAAGAAGCGGUUCAAGUCCUGCUGAGGACUUUUAGGGAGAGAAAUUUAUUUGAAAAGGUGAUCGUGCAGGUAUUCUUGAAUAAAUCAACUUUGGGUGCCACCUUGAUCAAAAAUGGUAUUAUCCAAACUUGGGCAAAGUAUGAUCGAUUUUGGCAAGGCUUCUCAUCGAUAAGUGGGCUCAUCACAGUGUGUGAUCUGGGUUCAGGUGGAGAGACCGCUCAAAAUAAGAUUGACGAAUAUUCCAAAUUAUACAUCGAUAACCCACAAUAUUAUCAGAUAGUAGUAAGCGCUUCGCCGAAGACAUGUCCAAGAUCGAGCAACUCGUGGCAGGGCUGUAGCUCAGAGAAGGUUUUUGUGUUAUCGCUGGAUGUCGCAUCCCAUCCCAGUGAUCAUCAAACGAUCGACAUAACGGGGCUUUUCCAGACUACCGAGCUGGUACCUCUGACUGCGAAGCCAGAACACACUUAUACCCAUUCCCUAGAUCAUGUGGAAGAAUACCACUGGUCGAGCUUCAACCCGAGCGAGAGUAGAUCCGGUAGACAAGGUAAAAUCCAUGUCCCACCUGUUCCAGUUCUAUCGAGCGACGAAUUCUCACCAAAGAGAAAGUUCAAAAAGACGAACAAGUACAAUAAGGCUGCUGCUGAGCAGGUUAGAAGGCUUGACCCUAGACCUUGUCAUACUCAUUAUCUCAGUGAGAGCAAUGCGCGAUCAUUCAAUUCUUCUCGGAAUGAUGAAACUGAUUGUCAUGCUUUCCCUCAUAUAGGCGAAUGGGGUUGUCGAGAUGUGGACGCAUGUUCCUAUGGUCAUGGCUAUCAUCUAUCGAAGGCGCAGCUCAACGAAUUGGCUAGAAUGGCUAAAUCAGUGAUUUGCCCUUAUAUGAAAGAUGGACGAUGCCGAUAUGAUGACGAAGAUUGUGUUUAUGGACAUAAAUGUCCAAACGCUGGGAAAUGUCCAUUUGGCGAUUCGUGUCGGUUCCAUGUCAUUCCCAACGGACACGGUGAAUUGGACUGA